AUGCUUUCUAACAACGAGAUUCGCGUCUUGGAUUUAUUUCCUACAACGUCUAAAGACAACACAGCCGAGCUGGUGGGCGAAACUCGGAUCGUACCGCUAUCCGAGGACCCAAAGUACGAAGCGCUAUCCUAUGUAUGGGGGGAUGGCGCGACUACAUCGGAAAUCACCAUCGAUGGCAAUUGUGUAACCAUCACCGAGGGGCUCGCGGCAGCUCUUAGACGGAUCCGGCUUCCAGCCAAGAAAAGAACUCUCUGGGUCGAUCAAAUUUGUAUUAAUCAAGAUGACAUUGAGGAAAAAGCCAUGCAAGUGCCCCUAAUGGGUCAAAUAUACGCCAAAACCACGCAGUGUCUUAUUUGGUUUGGCGAAAUCGACAAGCAGUUCUCUGUGCGCACCGCAAUGUCGGCUCUGAACAUUGUCAACUUCAUAGAUGGGUGUGCGGAUGAUGACGCGUUUGAAAGGAGCCCUCCACCGGAACUAGAGUCUGAAGAAACAUUCGAGCAGCCAAUACAGGCGCUGAGAUCCAUCUCAGCCAUCCUGCCAUCAAAAAGUCUCGCUCUCUGGGGCCCCUUGUCGAUCCCUUGGGAUGUCAUCAUCAAUGCUGGCUUCGUCCACCUCCGAACUUAUAUUCCGGCUCUCAAUAAUGUCACACAUUCCCAGAGGGACAUCCUAUUCACACUGUUUGCACAUACCACCGGGCUACAGUGGGCCAAGGAGGCAACACAUGGUCCUCUAGAUACAGCAUUUCGGUGGAACUUUCGCCAGGCGUCCGACCCGUUGGACAAAGUGUAUGGAUUCCUGGGACUUUUCCCACCGGGGACCUUGAAACGAGUGGAGGACUGCAACUAUAGACUGUCACCAGGAACGCUAUACGCCAUGUUCACCGCGGAUCUUAUCCAACACGACAGGAGCCUCCACGCCCUUGCCCUGCGACGACACGAGGUACUACCGGUCACCACUCAGGGGAUUCCACGCUGGGCCCUGGAUAUGGGUGUUGACUAUCACGGACGAGCCCUCAACAUCGACAACGACUGUGCGGCGUGGUAUCUCAUGCACACAUAUCAGAUGUACUCGGCCUCUGGUGAUUCUGAGGUCGACAUGACUAGCUUUCAAUACGACCAGCAGACAAAUGCGUUGACACUGACCGGGUGUAUGGUGGACCGCGUAGCGCUGGUCGGGUUGAAACCUCAACCCGACAGCGACGAGCCGGGUAGCACGGCCCUCUCGCUCCCCGGAGCCAUCGCCAAGCUCCGGGAGUGGUACGCUCUGGCAGAGGACUUCUAUCAGGGGCGGGAGUGGCCUGAAGACCUGGUGGGACCCUUGGCGUGGCCGGAGUCUUUCUGGGGAAGUCUGCUUGCCAACCUCUUCUUGGAUGAGGAAUUCGCCCCGUUGCGGUCUGCUACGUCGAGAGAUCUGGAGCAGGCGGAGAGUUUCAUGAGAAAUGGGGCUCAGACUCCAGUUUGUAGAAGUAUAUUCGCGAACAUGUGCCACCGGACAAUGUUCUUGACGGAGAAGGGACUACUGGGGUUUGGCCCAACUGACCUAGCAGUUGGUGACGAGGUCUGGGUUCUUCGCGGCGGCAGAGUCCCGUUUAUUGUGCGGGCCGGGUCUAGUAACCCGGAAGGACCUCAUACAUUCGUAGGCCCGUCGUAUUUGGAUGGCAUGAUGACGGGAGAAGCGGUUGAUGGAAGAGAGUUCACGGAAAUUAGGUUGGUCUAG